AUGGCUUUAUUGGAAACUAGACUGAGUGGUGAAAGGGCAGAUAGAGCUAUUCGUCGUCUUGGUUUCUCUGGUCACUAUCAUCAGGAUGUUGUUGGCUACUCUGGUGGUAUUUGGGUACUUUGGAACACUGAUGAAGUUUCAGUGGAGGUUCUUUUUUCACACCAUCAAUUGGUGCACACAAAAAUAACAUGUGUUAAAGAAAAUAAAGAGGAGUUCAUGACUUUCAUUUAUGCUAGUCCGCGUAGACAGGAGCAUAUCCAUCUUUGGGAGCUUCUGUCUUCUCUGUUCGAUCAAUCCAUGAGGGAUGUGACCUGGGGGAUAGCUGGGGAUUUCAAUACUUAUUUGUAUGAUUAUGAGAAAAUUGGUGGUAAUGGGCAUAACUGGAAUAGCAUGAGGGAGUUUCAAGAUUGUUUAGAUGAAUGUCAUCUGUCUGACAUUGGAAACCAAGGUCCCACUUUCACUUGGCAAAGAAGGAAUCUUCAGGAACGACUUGAUAGGGUUUGUACUAAUGACAAAUGGAACAUGGUUUUUCCUAACCGUGUGGCUUUCAACUUACCUUUUUUUGGAUCAGAUCACAGACCUGUGUUAAUUUGGGAAGGUCAGCCUACUAUUCAUCCGAGAGGGGAUCGUCCAUUCUGUUUCCUUGCAUCCUGGUUAACAGAAAAUUCUUUCCAUGAUGUGGUCAAUGGUUGUUAG